AUGGGUUCCCACUGUGUCAAGCUAAGCACAAGCCACAGUCGGGGCCAUGAGUCCUCCAUGAAGAAGCUUGUGGCCUGCGUGAGUCAAGAUAACUUCUCCUUGUCUUCAGAGGGUGAGGAAGAGGAGGAGGGAGAAGAGGAGGAGGAGGAGGAGGAGGAGCUCCCAGUACAGGGCAAGCUGCUGCUGAUGGAGCCUGGGGGCCAGGAGGAGGGUGCUGAGGAUGACCCUGUGGCCCAGCAGAGUCCCAAGCCCAAGCAGUCACUCUCCUGA